AUCGACAUCUCGCAUCCAUCUCGUGCUAGGCAUUGGGGUCACAUGACAUCCUAAGAACCACCCUCCAUUUAUGAUAAGCCUGCUCCGAUGCGUGGCAGCCAUGAGUAGUCGUAUUUUCUCCAAACUCAACCGGAGACCCGUCGAGUUCAAAGUACAAUUUCACUGGCUAUAAAUAUAACGUAGAGGGUUCCGUUUCGGAACACAGUGUUCUCUAGGGAUAAAGUCCACUCUUGUCGUCGUCAAUGACCGACAAGCUUUUGAAUGGUGUGAAGCAGGCCGAGAGCUCGAGCAAAAGCGGUAAUAAACAACUAUGAUCGCUUGCAGAUCGUGUUUGUUACAUCACGCACAUUCAAAAUAAUCACAGGUGAGCUGUUUAACUGUUUCCUGCUUUGCUCUUAUCGUGCAGACGAUGCUGACAACGGGGCCUGCUUGAUAUGUGGGGACAAGGCUACAGGCAAGCACUAUGGAGCGUCGAGUUGCGAUGGAUGCAAAGGUUUCUUCCGAAGGAGCGUGAGAAAGAAUCAUGUUUACGCCUGUCGCUUUCAAAGAGCUUGUGUGAUCAACAAGGACAAACGAAAUCAGUGCCGCUACUGUCGGUUGAGAAAAUGUUUUCGGGCUGGCAUGAAGAAAGAAGGUGAGAAAAAUCUAUUCAUCGCGCUCAGCCAUUGCUUUCGACGUAAUCCAUAUACGUGCUCAAUCGUAAAUUCUUCACAAAGGUUGACGUUUGCUUUUAUGUGAUUUACAAAUACUAUGGUUUGAGAAGAAGCUAACCCUUUGGUGCCAUUGUAACCCAACUCUGUUCAGAACUUUUAUCAUAUUAUAAGCAUUUUAAUUUCUCUUCAAGUGAUAAAUCUCGUCGAAGCGAGUACCGGCUCUAUCUUUUAAUAAGCAACUUCGCGUGUCGACAGUUUGUUGUCGAAAUGCAAAUAGGAAGAUCUUGAAAAUAAUAAAAUAAUCCCGGGACACGGUUUAAGGACAAAAGCACAUCGUAUAUCUUCAGUUUACAUAUACAAAUAUAUUUAAAACAAAAAACUGAUCGGAGCGGAUUCAAAGUUAUAUAUAUUUUUCACUGAAUCAGUCUACCAAAAAGUCUUGAUGUUCACCGUUUGACGCCGAGAUUUCGUGCAGACGCAAAGUUAUAUUGCGUUACCACUUCAAAAUUUAUUGUAUUUUGUAUAAAGAAAUCCAAACCACUUUGUGUAUUAGCUUCUGAUAAUAUUUAAAAUGGACUCCAACGCUUUAAAAUCAACACUUUACACAAUGUUUGCGAACGACCAAUGGCCCUCUUUCACUUGAUAUUUUGAAGUCGCAGAAUUUUGUUUUAUUUUGAGAGGGGUAAUACAGCACGUGAUAUGCAGCCAAAGAGAGAACUGAAUUUUUAGAUUAAAAAAGUAGAGGCAUAGCCCCUCUUGUAAAUUUACAAGUUUACAUUGUUGAAAUCAACAAUUAAGGUCUAUUUGCUCAAAUUUCUUUGCAAACCACUAAGGAUGACAUCCAAUUUAUAAUAUGUUCAUUGAAAAAAUGGCUUGAAGGUGCAAAUUUAUAUCAGCAGAAAAAUGCAUGAAUUUUGAUUGGUCUUUAUUAAUGUUUGAUCUAGUGGAGGACAGACGCAUAGCUGAUGUUUCUUUUUUAAAAAAUUUGCAUCUUGUUAAAUAAAACAAGUAGAUUCCAUGUUGCCGUCAACAACAUGAUGUCAAAGUGUGGUAAAAACAUCAGUGACAUGUGGGUCUGUGCCUUGUUUACCACUUGUUUGUUCAUACCACAUUUUGACGUCAUCUGUGACCCAUUACUAAACAGACACAGCAGCAUGGAGUCUGUUUAUUAAGUGGAAUGUUAAGGAAUAAUUGAUCACUUUUCAUUCAACUGCCAAAAUGUGAUUCAUUUUUUAUGCAAACUUCAGACAUUGUAAUUUCCUGUUAGAAGCUUUACCACUGAGCUACAGAGGUUCACAUACAUCAAGUUUCCUUCAUAUAGUUAAGACAAAUUUUUGUUAAGUUAAUGCUCAAAAUUGACAAACAAUUUUUUCAUCCAUUGAUUCAAACUGUUGUGUUGUUUAUUUUGGUUUAAACUCCUUCACUACAACUGAAAACUUCUUACCAAUGUAGCUGGUCUGAAAAAAAAAAAUUAAUGUAUCAGAAAGAUAGUACCUAUGAUUUAAAGUAUGCAGCCUCCUCUUAAACAAAUACCAGAGAGAUGUUAAUAUCUACCUUGUUGAGAACUUGGAUAUUUUCUUUGUUCUAUGCCUAUGACAAGUUCUUAAUAGCCUUUAAGGUGACAGUAUGUAGGUUCAGGAACAGUCAGAAAAAUUAGUAAAGUAGAGUAUUCAACCUUCCAACUUCUAACAUGUGAGGAAUAAUUCUCCCUUCUGAAUGCCUUACAUCUCUUUGUGAUUUAGAAAAAGAAUUUGGUCAAGAUAACCAUCUGUAGCUCUCCAGCUGCUGAAUAAUAUAUUGACAUGGCAAGGAGAAGUUGCUUGUUAAUCUCUUUUGGGAUUUAAAGGAGUCUUGUUGUUUAUUUUCUGCGACACAAAAAUUAUUUCUGUGCCCAAAAUUCUUGUUUUGCAAGAAAAAAAAACCCAUCAAAAUGAGGAGUAUAAAUCUUAAAUAACAAAGCCAUUAAGGAUUAAAAAGAUUAAUAGGGAUUAGAAUCGAAAAGCCUGAAAAAUUUUAAGUGAAAUAUUCAGGAUAUAACUGCUGUAGAUCUAAAAAAAGGAACAAAAAUAUCAUCGCUACAGUGGCAUCAGAGAUUUUUACCAAGUUUGUGUUAACAUCAGUCAUUUCAUCAAAUGGCAGCUUAGCUGAAGUGUCAUGUGUCACAGUUUUGAUAUAGAGGUCCUCAGUUCAAGUAUCUCUCUGACAGUAAGGUGGAUUUUGUGCUUUAACUCUUUCAUUUCCAAUAUUAGAAUGGAGUUUCUUAGUGGUAAACAUAUAUUUUUUGACCAGCACUGAGAAUUUGCUGCUACAAUAAGGCAAAAUUAUUUCCUGACUCUCAUUAUCUUAAUGGUUUACAGUGUUUGAAACACAUCAUUCUGUGAGAAAAAGGGUUGUUAAUCUUUUUUAUUUGGUUUUGAAAUUUUUCUCUCAGACUGUCUCAGUGGGGCACUAACAAACUUAGAGAAACUCCUAAAUAGCAAAUUGUAUAUUAUUUGUUGAAUUACUAAAAAUCCUGUGGUCCCAUAUUCUAAGGCUUUCAUUUUCAUGAGCUCUGAUUUUAUCCUGGCUUGAAGGGUCUACUUCAGUCACAAGUUUAUUUUCAUUUGUAUUUAACAGUUGUCAAUCAAUCAGUGUAAAAAUGAAUCUUUUAUUUCUACUUUUAAUGCCUAUGAGCUAAAAGCUCAAUCCAGAUGAGUUGUUAACAAAAAUAAUUAAGAAAGUAAAAUAUAAAGAUUAAUGAUAAGAUAUUCACACAAUUAUAGUGUUACAGAGACAUAUCCAGCCACUAAACAACUUAAAAGUUUUAAAUAAUGCAUUAGUUUUUCUUGUCUUCUUGCCACUCUGUGAAAACUACCCCUUCCACAUCAGCGAGACAAAAGUUUGCUAAGAUGUUAAUCCUUUAACUCCCAAGAUCUCAUUCAGUGAUUAUCCUUACUGUCUGUCCUACAAUUCUUAAAAUGUUAGUAUGAAGAAUUUGGUAUUGCAUCAUUUAAUAAUCUCCUAACUGAUAUUAUUAUUUUUCUUAUCUCUUUCCUGUUUGAUAUUGCAUUGAUAUUGAAAGGAGAAAUUUUCUGUUGGUCAAUCAUGGGAGUUUAAGGUAUAGAAUUAUCCUAAAGGUGAUAGAAAUUGCACUUUUUUGUAGCUGUUCAAAAUGAGAGGGACACAAUUUCAAAAAGGCCACGUGGGGAAGAAGCAGACAGCAAGUUUGGGCUCACCACAGAUGUUUUAUUGUCAGCUGAGAUUUUGUCACGACCAGCAACUUCACCUCCAGGUAAAUGCCCUUUAUAUGCCAUAUCUAAGAGAUAACUUUCCUUACCUGUAAAGUGUAUAUCUUUUUUGUCUUGAACUUUCUUGGGUUCCUAGGUGCUACAGGUGUAUAUUCAAACAGUAUUUACCAGUAGAUAAUUUUCUUAAUUCUCAUUAUCUAUAUUUUUGAUUAUGUACUUUAUGAUAGUUGGGAGAGUUCAGGUUCUGAUCAAUGCUAAGGUCAAGUAGUUAAAUCUUACAGAUUUUACAUAGUUAAUUGAAUUAAAACUUCUAUUAUGAUCUGUUGGGGUGAAAAGGUAGUUUUUUUUGUUCACUCUCCUUUGAUAUCAAAUUUCUUUAAAAAGGAAAACAAGCGAUUUACGUUAACUCAGUUUUAGGUCAUCUAGAAAACAGAUAAUAAGAAUAAUCAAACUUAGGAAUUUUUUAUCUUUUUAUCUUAAUCUAAUAUCAAAUUCUGGUAACUUACUCACAUGUAAAUAUGUAGCAGCUAGAGGAGAGAAUUGACAAUCAGAUCUUGGGAGUUAAUGGGUUUAAUUGAUGGUUUUGUAGGGGAAGAUGGAGGGGGGAGGAGAAAGAGGGAAAAUGCACGCAGGGGUAUCACAUGUACACCUAGUUCUAUCCCCUUCUCCCCCACCUGGAGCCUUGUUAUUGGUGGGUGCAUUUUUAUAUAAUGUGGGGGCAUAUCACUUAAUCUUGUUUGUAGAUCAUCAAUUACAGUGAUUUUCACUCCCCCCCCCCUUCUUUAAAAUUUGUUUUUUACCCUAACAAAAAUUGACUUUAUCUAAUAUCAGUUUUACUGAAUUUUAUGUUAAAUAGUAGAAACCCUCAGCAUGGAUAAGGAGGCAAACUACAGUGACAUUUGUGAAUCAAUGCGUCAACAACUCCUGGUCCUUGUGGAAUGGGCCAAACACAUACCUGCCUUUUGUGAACUGAUGCUUGAUGAUCAGGUUGCCCUAUUAAGGGCGCAUGCCUCUGAACACUUAAUAUUGGGUGUUUCACGACGGUCUAUGAGUCUAAAGGAUGUUUUGUUACUUGGAAAUGACCUUGUCAUUCCAAGAACAGCGGCUGAUGCUGAGGUGCGGAGAAUAUCAACUCGUGUACUGGAUGAAGUGGUUGAGCCAAUGAAAGAGUGGAAUGUUGACGAUACAGAACAUGCUUGCCUUAAGGCUAUUGUAUUCUUCAAUCCUGGUAUGUUUUAAAAUUUGAAGCAUGCUAAAGUACUGAAAAAUUACAUUAACCAACAGACAAGAGAAGAAAAGACAUGGUAGAUUUUGAGCAAAUGAAGAAAAUAGUGUGUUUUAUCACAAACAUGCAAUGAAGAAAAUUUUGGACUUUCUCAGAGGGAAAUGAACAACACAGACCUUCUUAUUUCUCUGUAUGAUGUUUUACCACUGAGCUGCAGACAACUUGUUUGCAAGCCUGGGCAUUACUAGCAAAUUACUCUUAAAAGGAGUUAAAGCACCAGCAGGAAACUAUGAGCAAAAAGAAACCAAAAAAGACAUCAAUGCAGUUUUCAGUAUAAAUUUUAUUUCCAUGGCUGUUGAAAUGAAAAUUGAUAUUGGUCAUCAACAUUUUCUUCCCAUUAGAUCAUAUUCAUGUGGCUUUUGUGCUAUAAAAAUCUUUUUUUACUUUCCCUUUCAUAUUGUGUGAGAGUUGAAUUACUUACCUGUAUGUCUUGUGGUUUUCAUAACUUCACAUGUCAUACUCCAGUUAAUUCAGUGGACAUGAGAACAUGCCCAUCAUGUGAUAGACUUGUGAAAAUUUACUGUGAUUUAAUGAAAUAGAUCCUCUUAGAAUGUAAAAGUGUGAUGCAGAGUUAAGCCUAUUGGUAGUGGUGUGAUGAGCAGUGAUCUUUGUAAUCUCUAAUGAUAAUCAGUUAAGGAAAGAAAUAUGUUAUUGGAUUAUGUGGCAUAUGUGACUAAAUUGUGACUGGUUAUAAAUAUCUUUUUUUUUAAUAACUGAAAGUUGUUGCAUAAAGAAGAACUUCAACAACUCAGAUGUAAAUAUUAAAACUAGAGGGUGAGAGCAGAAAACAUUUAACCUUUAACUCCCAUGAGUGACUAAUACAGAUUUUCUUCUUACAAUAUCAAUACAAUAUUAAGCAGACAAGUGAUGAGAAUUGAGUAAAGUAUCAAUUAGUGGAUGGUCAGGUGAUUCAAUGCCACAUUCUCUGAACUGACAUCAUAACAAUUUGUGCUUUGUAGAUGCCAAGGGACUUAGUGAUUCUCAGAAAAUCAAAUCUUUAAGAUUUGAAGUUCAAACAAUGCUGGAAGAUUACAUUGCUAAAGAUCAGUAUGACAGCCGUGGAAAGUUUGGUGAAUUGCUUCUUAUGCUGCCAACAAUGCAGAGUAUAGCCAAAGAGAUGAUCGACCAAGUGCAGUUUGCUAGGCUGUUUGGUAUGGUGAAGGUUGACAGCCUUCUUUCAGAAAUGCUACUUGGAGGUUAGUUUGGCAAGUUUGACUGAAUUGCUGUCAAUCCCAUGACCUGAAUUUGCUAGAUAAGCAGCCCACAAUCUUGUGAAGAGUUAACCUCAGGCUUAAAUAAGUUAAAAUUAAUUUCUUGGUAAUUGUUGUUAACAAAGAUUUUUUAAAAUGUGUAAGAAUCAGUAAAUUUCCUGCUCUCAGUAGAUAUUAUUACUUGCAGAAGAUAACUGUAUGGAGAAUUUUACUAUUUCAUUCAAAUAGUGUACUGUAAUCCAAAUCUUAGAUUGAAAUGAGUAACUACUCAGCAUAAAAUUGUCAGGAGACAUGGCUGCUCGAUGGUUAAUAGGCUGGACUCAGGGUUGAGAUGUCUGAGUUAAAGACCCUGCCAGGUCAACGUGUUGUGUGCUUGGGUAAAACAGUGCCUCUCUUCACCCAGGAGUAUGAAUGGGUACCAGCAAUUUGUCAGGGAAGCCUGAUGAAAUGCAAGGGGGGGGGGGGCAACCUUGUAAUGGACUUGCAUCUCAUCCAGGGAGGGAAUUAUGAUACUUCUGGUCACUUCAUACUCAGGAAACUGAGAUAAGCUCUUGCUGGAGUACAGACUUUACCUUAAUCAUGAAAUUAAUGAUGCUGAUUGAUAGACUUCCUAUUUACAGUCAAAAUGAACAAGAUGUAAUUUCUGGUGAUUUGUUUUAUCAGGUACCAACAUUGCUGAACAAUUGGAUGCAGCAAGUAUUGUUCCUAUGGCAUCACCCCCUCCACCUGCUGUUCCAACACCUCAGUCACCAGUUAACCCUCUCCCUCCAAACCGCCCUGACCUAUUCAGUCCAGGAUUAGUGAAUGUUCCGGGUCCAAGUGUGGCAGGUCCGAUGCAAUCAGUACCAAUGGUCCAGGACAGGAAAUAUGUCCCAGGGCCCUCAACAGCACUCCCAGGCGGUGUUGUCCCAAAGACAGAGAGAUUUGACACGUGACAAUUAAGAUGGAGUGGGGUUGUAUCUGGAGGCUUAUCUCACACACAGCAGACUUGAAAAGAAGUGAUAUCAAGCCCUCUUGCAGCUCUGUGUCACUGCAUCAAGAUUGCCCGUCAAAAAAGGCUCCUUUCUCAUGCAAACUUGUCUUGAGUUCAUUGUUUACUAGAAUUUUUCUCUAAGUACCAACCUCACAUGCAAGGUGGAUAUUAAAUUGAUGCAGUGAAGGACAAGAUUUUGUUUAACUAACCCGUUUUUUUGCCCUGUGGAAUAACAUAUACAACUUUAUAGGAGACACUGCAAGCAGGGUUUUAGAGGAAGAUGGUAAAUGUAGUUAAGUUAAAAGUAGCAGCAAAUUCAGGAAUUGGCAAAUUUGUUUGUAAAUUAAUUAAUGUAUUGUACAGUGUGUGAAAUAGUUAUUUAAAUUGGCUAAUAAGAAUAUUAGUAUGUUUAGUAGGCUUAGGAGUAAAAGAAAGAAAUGAGGGAGGUACUUCGUUCAGUUUGUUAGAAAAGCAUUUGAGAGUAUCCACACACAUUACUCUGGUUAUGACUGGCCAUAGAAGUUCUGAAAAAUUCACCAAAUAAGGAUAGGUUUUAGAGAGAGUAAUUCACAAUGAGGUCUGCAUGUGAUCAAAACUGUGGCCCUCACUGUCAUGUCAGAUCCCGUCAGAAUAUCUUUUUCCAUAUUCUGAUAUUCAUGCUGUGGUAUUAGUAUAAAGAUGUUGGGAGGGCCAUUUAGGGUGAAUCAAAAACAAUUUUUAUCGUACAGUAGUUGAUCAUAAAGCACAGUCUCACUGGCUAAUAAAAAGUACCAUUAUUUUUGUAUGUAGUUAGCUCAAAAAAAAGGGUAAUUUUAAAAUGACUCAUUGUGUACAUUGUUUGAGGCCAGCUGCAACUUGGUUUAGGGUUGUAAGUUGUAUUUAUUUCUUCUUUCUAGAAGCAGGGUUGACUUGCAUAGAUAGCUUCUUAAAGCUGACUACGAAAAUUAUUGGUAUAAAUUUGUUCCUGUUUGUAUGGUAUUAUCCAGCUCAGUGCAAAGUCUUAGAGAUUUUUUCUAAUUCCCCCCCCCCUUAAUUUUCACCUAAGAAAGUUUGACAUUGCUCAAAAGAAUUUACAAUGUAAAAUAUGCAGAUCUGCUCAAUAAGUUUGAAUCUUCAUUUGGAAAGCCAUGGUAAUUUGUUUGAAGAUUUUUAAUUUCUUUACCCAUAUCCCAAAUAUCUUCCAUGACAGAGUUGUUAGUAGUUAACUAACAAAUCAUGUUAGCUGUUGGUUCCCAAACAUGUGUGCAAGUCGGAAUUACAUGAUUAUCUUCCUGACUUUAGGUUAAAGAUCUCUGCCUUCCAUUUUACAUUUGUAUCAGUUACUUUAUUUACAAAUCAAAUCCCAAGAACAAGUUAUCUUAAAUAAACAUUUAAAACUUGUCAUAUAAUUUGUUAGUAAAAGAAGGAAUGAUCACUGUAGCUGACCAGAUCAUUACAAACAUUAGUCUUUGUAGUCCUUCACUGUUCUGUAGAUUUGCUUUCAUUGGGAUUAAGUUGUUUAGGAGGUCAGUACUUCUUUAGAGGUAUUUUGCAUGUUCUCUCCAUAUUUUGUACAUAGAAAAUAGUAAUAAAUGAGAAUUAUUUUGGAUGCACUGUAUUAUAAAUAGCUUGGUACCAUAUAGAGUAAGGUAGUUUGUAAUUUUGAGUGACAUGCUUCAGUCAAGUUGCCUUUCUCUUAGUAUUUCAGACAAGUUAGAGCAAGCAUAAUGAACUAUCCAUGCGAACUUAUUACUUACUUCCUUCCAAACCACAUUAUUUUACAAUUAUGAACUGCCCAUCAACAUAAAUAACAUAUCAAAUGUUCUGCCCUGAUGGAGUAAUGUCUUUAUCUCUGUCUGAUAAGCCAUGAUCAUGAGCUUCAGUGAAGAUACCACAAUCUGCAGAGCUCACUUGUCUAUUGCAUUGUUCAGGCUAUCCUGGAUCAAAGAAAGAAAUUUGCCUUACACUGAUGCAUCAAAGCCUUGCACACCUGUUCACUAAAAUGAAAAUUCUCUCUUAAAUCAAAGUUAGAUUUGAUGUAGAUGGGACAGAACCUAACAACCCAGAUCCGCUGGUUUCCCCAAACCUUAUGCAUACUGCCAGUCAAAUUUCAAAGAUUCAUUUACUUGCUCUAACUCUCAUGGUAUUGCAUUGAUGCAGAGGAAUAACUUCACUAGCAAUUUUUCUGUUUAAAAUUGUCGUUCAGUGUAUCUAUAUUAUUUUCUUAAAUGGGAUCAAGAGGUAUUUUUAUGCUGUUUGCAGUUUAUUAGCAUUGUACACAUCCACAGACAAGACAAUAUCAGGAG